GCAUCCGCUAUGUUGCCCGACCGUCUGGUUAUGAUCGUCGCACGCAGCUUGCAGCUAUCGUUCCUCGAUUGCCUAUAUGACAAGCGAACUCCCCUUCAGCAUUGCUAAGAUACUUGAGUGCUUUUUGCCAGAGCAGGAAACAAACCGAACAUCUCGUUGCCAUGGGCAAGCCCGGUCGUGCUCGCGAGCCAGCCGACUUGAUCGGAUCUAUCGAGCAAACCUACACGGAGGCUCGAGUCAUCGUGCUCGUGUGUCUCGCCUCGUGGCUUGUGGGUCAACUCAGAUUCAGUUUCGCAUGGCUACUGUUCGUCCUCGCGGCUAGUCGCACCUAUACCAAGGUGUCCAUGAAGCGCAUGCAGCGAGUCGUUCGAGAUGACUGCCAGCGCUAUCACGCCACCAAGAUCCUGGCCCACGGUGAGACUAUCAACUGGGUAAAUGAAAUCCUCCAACGUCUCUGGCACAUGAAUCAAGCUCAAAUCAGUGAAAAAAUCGUUCGCUAUGUAAAUGAUGGCCUCGCUCGUCGCACCUGGACCGAGCCCGACACACCGCCCCAGAAAGUCAUUCUUCAUUCGCUUGCUUUGAUUGAGUUGCCGCUUCGAAUGACGCGAGUCUUUGUGCAUCGCAAGCCCUCUUCGCCGAACCUGAUCUUCGAAGGCCGAUUCCAGGUGAACCUCGCACCGCAUGGGAGCGAGCACCAUGGUUUACUGGAGGUAUUUGAGCACCCGCUCAUUGACCUCACCAUUCUUCGCGAUGUUGACGAGCACGAUCGCCAUCGCUAUCACAGCCAUCAUCACCAUAAUCUCGCUGUGCAGGUGCGCCAGUUCACUAGCCAAGGGUCAUUGCAGAUCGAGUUGGACCUGGAAGGCGAACAGCCCGCCUUGCUGCAGCCGCACAUAGAGCUGCAGGAGCAGCCGAAGAUGGACUGCACGAUCAAGUCGAUCAGCCAACACCACUUUCCAUUCCAUUUUGCGCACCAUGUCGACUGGCGCCGAGUGGUGGAGAUGCAGCUACGCGAAGGACUAGGAUGGGCCUUCCGUCGACCACUGCCUCUCGGGGAAAGGUGGCUGAUCAAGAUGAUGACGUGGUGGUGGCAUAUUCUCAACUAGGCUUGUGACGAUCCCGCUUCAUGAUUUAUCCCCGGAGAGGUGGAGGGUUCCAUCCUGAUCUUCAAUUGUUCAGCCCUGGGGAGGUUUAAGGUCAUAGGGCUGGAAAACAGUGUGUCAACGUUCGCGAAUCAGAUUGACAGAAACGGUGUUGCCUAUCGCCCGCAAUGGUUCCCGUAUGCGUAUUGAAAAAUACGGUCGGCAGCCUCCCCCGGACCGAAUCUACCGAGGGCAAUUCUGGGAAGACCCACGCCGGGUGGCUGGAGAAGCUCACACUUUAAAUUACGCCUAUUUGCGACCUCGGCUGU